GCUAUGUCUAUUUUUGCUCCUAUGGCAUAACAUUUGCAUGUAAAAGGAUUCGCAGAGCCAAUAUUUGUUGACGUUUUUGACUAUUAUGUUGGAGAAGAAGCACUUUGCGUGCAUUCGCUGCCAACAAGUCGAGCUUUGCGGUUGAUAUGAACUCGCUAGUCUCUAGUAUCAGCACUUGCUCUUUGAGUUCCGACUGCUACUCCAUUACUUACCGCCUCACCAAAAUUUACCCCCGAAAGGCCAGGAGCAGACAAAAUAGCGUUUGUCAACUUUGCUGCGUCACGUUCGUAACUCCAGUCACCAGUUGGUCAGAGCUAAGCUACGUUGGCCAAGAAUGCCAAAGAAUUCCUCCAACUUUGGCCCAGUUGUAUGGCGCGCGCGUUCAGAGUCUCGACCUGAGCUACAACUGCCUCACAAGUCUGAAAAGCCUGGAAAGGUUUCCGCACCUGCACACCCUGGUUUUGGACAACAACCUUUUGACCGACGCGAUGCAGCUGCCCUACCUGCCCGAACUGCGCACGCUCUCUCUCAACAAAAAUAAGAUCUGCGACCUGGAGCUCUUACUGAACAAAAUUGCAAACAACACGUCCAGUUUGCGUCACCUCAGUCUCCUGGGCAACGUCGCCUGCCCAAAUCAGCUCUCCGACGCGGAAAAGGACGAAGAAGAUUACAGACGAUACAGAUAUUACGUUUUGCAUUGUUUGCCGCAACUUCAGUUUCUUGACUCGACUCCUGUGACGCCGAUGGAAAAAUCUGAAGCUCAGCGACGAGGGCAAUACAUGAAAAUUAUAAAACCUCGAACGUUUCCUUUUGGGAAUAAUCCUCCUCUGAUUUUGCCGGACAUGAACAGCAGCAGCUACACACCCUUACCAGUUUCAAGAAGAGCGGCUGGAGAUCAUCAAGGUGCCUAUGGCAAGUGUCGGUUUCGCUACACAGGCAAAAACUCCGAGGGCAACAGAUUCAUUCAGAACCAAGAUUUGUGAUUUGUUCUAAUUUUUGUGCAAUGGAUAAUCAGGGUUUAAUAUUAGGAAAGAAGGUGUUACGAGACGUCUCCUUCUUUAUUAUAUUGCAUUUUUAACAAUAGAUAAAUGUACAUCAUAAUAAUUAACAAUUGCCAUACUAGAAGUUUAAUAUUUUGAUUAGUACUUAUACAGCUGAGUUUAUUGUCAACAGUCUCCACGAUUCCCAUGUAUAUUUUUAAUAAAACAAUCUCCAGUAGGCACCAAUGAAUUAAUUCUUAAUAGAAAAAUUAAAUAGUUUAAAUACACGUCAUCCUUAAAAGAAGCAGAAACAUUAUAAUGAUAAUUAUUAUCUGACAAUUCCCAUUUUUGCAUAGGAAAAACUUUCAAAGUGUUCAUUGAAAGGGCAGUAAUCGAGUUAAAU